AUGCCUGCUCGGACUGCCGAAUCUCCAGAUGAUAUACCCGCGUCCAGGGUGGUCGAAGGCCUGGGCUUUAAGGCCAAAGGACCCAAACCUCCGUCUAGUCCGACCAAGAAAGAAGAGAAAACCAAAGCACAGGAUGUCGCAGAGUUGAAAGAUUAUCAAUUGGGCGAUUGUCUGGGCAAAGGCGCCUUUGGUUCCGUUUAUCGAGCUCUGAAUUGGGGGACGGGGGAGACUGUCGCAGUCAAGCAGAUCAAGCUAGCCGAUCUCCCGAAGAGUGAACUGAGGGUGAUCAUGCUGGAGAUUGACUUACUGAAGAACCUGGACCAUCCCAACAUUGUCAAGUAUAACGGAUCCGUCAAAACUCCCGAAACCCUCAACAUUAUCCUGGAGUAUUGCGAAAAUGGAUCCUUACAUUCCAUCUCCAAGAAUUUUGGGCGUUUCCCCGAGAAUCUCGUCGCCCUCUAUAUGUCUCAAGUCCUUCAAGGAUUGGUCUAUCUCCACGAGCAAGGGGUCAUUCAUCGGGACAUCAAAGGAGCCAACAUUCUUACCACCAAGCAAGGUCUGGUCAAACUAGCCGAUUUUGGCGUGGCCAGUCGGACCACCGGCUUACACGAGUCGAGUGUCGUCGGAACUCCAUAUUGGAUGGCCCCCGAGGUUAUUGAACUGACAGGAGCCACCACCGCUUCGGACAUAUGGAGUUUAGGAUGUACUGUGAUCGAAUUGCUGGACGGCAAACCCCCUUAUCAUGCGCUCCAACCGAUGCCCGCCUUGUUUCGAAUUGUGAACGACGAUCAUCCACCUUUGCCACAAGGGGCAUCUCCCGCUGUUUUGGACUUUCUGAUGCAAUGCUUCCAGAAAGACCCCAACCUUCGAGUAUCAGCCAGGAAAUUAUUGAAACAUCCCUGGAUCGUCAAUGCCCGAAGAACAGACUCGGACAGACCCAAGAAUGCCACCGAGUAUACGGAAGCGGUCAGAAGCGUCCAGGAGUGGAACGAGGCUUUGAAGGAUUCUCCGAAUGGCAAUUCCAUACGCAAGAAUUCCAAUGCCUCGACAGCCAGUCCAAUCCCGCCAGCCAAGGAUUUGCUUCGGCUGGCCAAAUCACAGACGAAAUCUCCUAUUCCUCCCCUCAAUAAAGAUGGUGGCGCCACCAGAUUUCGUUCUUUGGAGGAGGCGGAUGAUAAUUGGGACGAUGAUUUUGCCACGGCAAUCUCUCCGAGCACGUUUCAACUCCCACACUUACGGCCUCACGAUAAUUUCGGUGGGAUGCUGUCAUCCGAAAGGUUAAAAGCAUUGGCGGCCAUGGAAACCGCAACAGGGAAGGAGAAUGAGGUGGCCGAAGACAAGGAUUCCACGCUCAAGGCUUCUACAUCUACGGACGGGGAGAGCGUUAAAACUGUGCGACUGGCAACAGCAACCAAGAAGCCUGAAAUUCGUCACGCUCGACAUAAAUCUGAAGUCCCGCCGAAAUCCCAAACCAAGCCCGUACCGGCGCCGAGAAAAGCAUCGUUACCUUCUGCGCGUCAAUCUACCAACCUUUCCAAGAGCAAACCUCCGCAGCCCAAAGUCUCGUUAGAUGAGCCUCCAACUCGGCGAUAUCGAGAAAGCUCCGUGGAAGACUUCUCUGAUAUCAUUCAAGGGAACGAGCUGACUCUGGAUACUAAACUGGGCCUGAUGCAGCUGCAGAACGAGGGGCCGCCUUCCAAAAUCCUUGACUCGCCCACUGUGACCGACUUGAUGCUAAGCAUGAGGCCUCCAAAGGCUGGCGAAAGCCUCAAGAAACCUCCAGUUCCAAGGAGCAAGUUGUCGAUGCGACGGACAAGAUCCUCUAUCGAGAUCCAGCGUUUUGCGGAGAAUGAGGACGAUGAAGAUUUCUCCGAUGUCUUUGCCCAAACCGCGGCCGUAUUGGAAAAACCCGACAGUGAGGAUGGUUCGGAGUUGAUGUUAAAUUCAAAGAUAUCGAACCUGUCUUGGCUUCCGGAUGCCGAAGACGAAGAUGAUCCAUUCGCACAGCUCGAGGAAGGCCUCCCCGAAGUCGAUCUCGAGUCCAACAUAGCUCGAGAUAAGCAUGCGCGGCUUCGGACAGACGUGGAAGUUUUGGUGGACCAGCUCAAAGUUAUGCAGGACGACGAUGCUUUACUACAAAUCUCCGAAGACUUGAUGAACUUUUUCGACCUCUUCUCCGAAACCAAAGGUGUCAUUAUCAGUGCACACGGUGUCCUCCCGAUUCUUGAAAUACUGGAGGACUGCAUGCGUCUUGAUAUCGUUCUCAACCUCCUGAAGAUUGUGAACGCCAUCAUUUUCAAUGAUGAAGAGGUGCAAGAGAAUUUGUGUUUUGUCGGUGGCAUCCCCAAAAUCAACAAGUUUGCGUCCAAGAAGUUUCCUCGAGAAAUUCGCCUCGAAGCUGCCGCCUUUGUACGCCAAAUGUAUCAAACGUCCACUCUCAUCCUUCAAAUGUUUGUCAGCGCCGGCGGUCUGACAGUUUUGGUGGAUUUUCUGGAAGACGACUAUGAUGAUGACCGUGAAUUGGUCCUUAUUGGGGUCAAUGGGAUCUGGAGUGUGUUUGAGUUGCAGGGAUCAACCCCCAAAAAUGACUUUUGCCGAAUCUUGUCUCGAAAUUCAGUCUUGGAACCUUUGUCACUGGUCCUCAAUCGAGUCUUGCUCGAACCAGCCGAUUCCGGCGACCAGAAGGAGCUGGCAGAUUUGUGCGAAGGUCGAAUCGCCAGUAUUUUCUUUGUUUUCUCGCAGGCCGAGAACUAUGUCAAGGAACUUGUGGCGGAGAGGACUGUUUUACACCGCGUCCUGAAGAAUCUCAAGAGAAUGACUCCAGCACAUCAGGUGACAAUGUUGAAGUUUAUCAAGAACCUAUCCAUGCUGUCGACCACCUUGGAUGCACUUCACAACUCGAAUGCCAUCGACGUUCUGGCCGAACUUCUCAGUAACAGUAUGAACAAGCCGCAUUUUAGGGAGAUGUCGAAUCAGAUCCUAAAUACGAUUUACAAUCUGUGCCGAUUAUCGAAACGGCGACAGGAAGAUGCAGCUUUGGUUGGUAUCAUUCCUAUUCUUAUCAAGAUCGUCAAGCAAGAGAAGACUCCGGUCAAGGAAUUCGCUUUGCCAAUUCUGUGCGACAUGGCGCAUUCCACCAGAGCCGCUCGUCGAGAACUUUGGCAGAACAAGGGUCUGGCGUUCUAUGUGUCAUUGCUGUCAGAUCCUUACUGGCAGGUAACAGCACUGGAUGCCAUCUUUACAUGGCUCCAAGAAGAGACGGCUCGAGUGGAGGACCAUCUCCUAGAAAACCAAAGCUUCACUUCCGCAAUUGUUCCCGCCUUGACAAGCAGCAAAUCGACCUCCUUCGAAAACCUCUUGGAACCGCUCCAAAAGCUCCUGAGACUGUCACCUCCCCUCGCCGCGUCCAUGGCAAGAAGUCCGCAAUUAUUCGAGACCCUCGGCCAGAAAUUGAGUCACAAUAAACCAGCUAUCCGUCUCAACCUCCUGCGUAUUAUUGGCAGUAUCUGCGACUCGACGGAAGAAGGCUGUUACCUUCUCGACCAGUACGGGCUGCAUGAUGUGAUCCGCGAACUUUCCUUCUCUGACUCGGCAGUCCUUGUUCGCAGCAUGGCCAGCGAACUGAUACGCUCAUGCGAAGAAACUGACAAUGUUAGUAUCAAGAGCGGACAAGGUGGAACUACAGCUCCCAACGGUGCUCGAAGAAAACACCCAGGCUUCCAACGUCGUACCAGUUCCACUACGCCUCCACAUCUCCUUGACCGUCAAAUGAGCAUGCCUACUUCCCCUCAACUUGGACGCUCGGAGCGAGCUAGCAUAAAUAUGUACGACGCGCCGGUUGCACAGACACCUCGACGGCAACGCAAUGGUGUGUACGUCAAUGGCGCGAGCGUGAUGCGGCCUGCUAGUCGUGAUGGGUCAACAUAUGUGCGGGAAAAUUCCCCUGCGUUCGCCAUGCCGAGUCUCACCCGUGCCAAUACUGCCAGUGCAGUGACUGAAAUGGCCGUCAAUAAGAGCAGGCUUCCUCGACAAUCCACAGCCGGGACUUCAAUAACAGGGCGUCAUCAUCGCCUCUCAAGGCAAAGCACUCGCGAGAGCAUGAUUGGCGCCGCGGAGAGAGAUUCGACCGUGCGUACACAUCAAUCUACGCAUAGUCACAGUAGUGGAGGAAAUACGCCCAUUACAUUGACGCCUGUGGCAGAAGGGAAGGUCCGCAAGGAGACGAGGCAUGGACAUACGGGCAGUGUCAGUCAAAGUAGUGGUGGUAUCAUGGGGGGGAAUAUGAGGCAAGCUCUACGUCCAGGCUCGCGACAGAGUCAAGACCAAGGCCUAGGACGGGGACAAGUCGAAGUCACGGUUGCGAGGAGAACGACAGCCAGAAGACAUGGCCCUGGGGAUGAACGGUGGAGUUAG